UAAACGUGGCACUGCUAAGGGAAAUAAAAUGGAAUUUAAGAAACUACAACUUGGUUACUGCUAUGCUAAUAAUAAUGCAUCUUGUUACAAAUUAAUUUAUAAAACAGAUGUCUAUGUAUGUCUUUAUAUUUUCUGUGUUGUUUUGAUCUCAGUCACUAUCUGUGGAAAUCUUUUGGUUGUCAUUUCUAUCUCUCAUUUCUUGCAGCUCCACACGCCAACUAAUUUUCUGAUCCUUUCACUUGCAGCAGCUGAUUUCUUGGUGGGUUUGUUUGUGUUGCCCAUUUCUGUGAUUUUACAGAUUGAAACCUGCUGGUAUUUUGGUGUGAUUUACUGUUACGUCUAUCAGUCACUUGCUAAUUUCUUUGAUGUGGCCAUUGUUACUCAUUUGAUGUUAAUAUCCGUUGAUCGUUACAUUGCUGUUUGUAAUCCAUUCUUUUACAGCUCAAAAAUAACUCUGAAUAUCACAAAGGACAGUAUUGUAGUGAUGUGGUUGUAUUCAUUUAUAUUUACAUUCACUCUUGUAUAUUUUAGUAAUAUCGAAACAGGGAAAUGUGAACAAUACUGUGUGUUUUAUGGAUAUGAAUAUGAAGCUGUUGUUUUUUUAAUAUUUCUUUUUAUAAUCCCAUAUUCAGUAAUGAUAUGCUCAUAUACAAGAAUAUUUAUAGUUGCCAAAAGGCAUUCUAAAGCGAUUAAAUGUUUGAUUGAAAAGACGCAGUCAGUGGAGAGCAGCAAUUCAAACACACCUAAAGCGUCAGAAACAAAAGCAGCAAAGACCCUCGGACUGGUGGUUGGCAUCUUCAUGAUCUGCUGGUUACCGCUCACUUUGUUUGAUUUAUGUGUCUAUGAUAUUUCAGCUAUCUUGGAUGAAAUAAGGAACUUCUUAGUUCUGGUCAGUGAGGUGACCUUUGGAAUUAAUCCAAUUAUUUAUGCUUUUUUUUAUCCCUGGUUCAGGAAAGCCCUUAAAAUAAUAUUGAGUUUUAAAAUAUUUAGCCCUGCUUCUUCAGUGAUUAAUUUAUUGUAAGUUUUAGAACUUGAUGAC